AUUGAGUUCCUUCACGUUUAUAUUAUUUAAAAUAAUCAAAAGUUUACUAAAAAGUGUACUUGCAAUUCUAAAAUUGUUUUUUGAAUUUUCUAUUAAAACUAUUUGAAACUUCAAAGAAACAGAUUACUGAAAAUGGCUCAAACCGAAGAAGUGAACAUGCAGGAAGGCAUUUUACUUGCGCAAUACUCUAAACCGCAUCCUUUUCACUUCAAGUACAAUUUAGGACAUUUGCAGACAACACCAGGGAAAAUAAAAUCGGCAAUAGUGAUUCUGCCCUUCUUAGGGUGUAUGAUAAUCUCAAUUUUCACGUCGGGAUUAUUAUGCUGGUACGAAAGAUUGCCUUUUUUCAUUUGGGCAUUGAUUGCAACUUUGGUUCCUACUUUGAGUUUCGUACGAUUCGUUGUGUUCGACCAUGAAAGACUUCCUCGCUGGUACCGCUAUAGGCUGCUGAAGACAGAGUUUUUUGCGAUAGCAGUACUCCUCGUUGUCUACACCGUCCCUAUAAUUGUGGUAUCUAUGGGGCGGACCCCUUUGUUUAUGGGCGUAUGGAUUUUAUGCAUCUUUGGAAUACUAUUGUGUUCGGGAUAUGGCAUCUACACUUGGAUCCGUUUGGAGAGAAUGGAGUUAAAACUUUGUGGAGAAGCCUAUCAGCAAUACAACAGUCUGCCAGUACAUUUCAUGUACUAAUUUCAGAUUCAAAUGUUAAAUGUUUAUGUUUGUGGUACGACUGAAAAAUUCCGAAAAAUAUAAUUAAUGGCACUAAAAUUCCCGAGUAACAACACUGACGAAUAAUAAAAUUCCUGAAUUAUAAAAUUCCCAAAUUGAAAAAUUAAAGAAUAUUAAAAUUCCUAAAUUAUAAAAUUCCCAAAUUGGGAAAUUCUCGAAUAAUAAAAUUCUUGAAUAAUAAUAGAUGAUAAAAUUCCAAACUGGAAAAAUUCCUGAAUUGAAAAAUGUACAAUUAAUAAAAUAUCCGAGUAAUACAAUUUUCGGAUGACAAACUUUCUGAAUUAUAAAAUUCAAAAACUAGAAAAAUCCAGAAUAAUAUAACUUCUGAAAUGUA